AUGUCGGCAGCCAUUUUCGUCCUUGCCAUCUUCGCUUUCUUGGUCGUCGACAUUUAUCAUCGUGCUCGUCGAGCAUCUGCUGCAGUUGGAGACAAGGGGAACAUCCGCCACUAUUUCCUACAACUGUUUUCCCACCGUCAACCCUACCAAGACUCAUCUACUGGGAGUGCAGCAAGACAAGACUACUAUUAUACGUGGCAGAUCACCAGAAUGCUUCGAGUCCACAUGGAAGAUGCUACAAUGGUUUUCAUUUACAUCCUAGUUCUGUUGGCUUUAUGCAUGUUUCUGGGUAUCUUGCUUGUCCAGUAUUGGACCAUCAGAUGUUUUCAAAUCUGGGUAAACCAUCUUAUUCCUCAAGGCAAAUAA